AAAAAACAGGGAAAACUAAAGAAAACCAUCUGACAGGGACAUUUUACGUUUACCAACAUUGUCAAUAAAUUCCGCCGGCUUUUGCAGCCACUUUAAACUAAAUCUUCAACAUGGAUAAAUGGUUGGCUCCAGUAUAUCACAAUCUGUUGAUAAGUAAAAAUUUCGCAGAUUGCCGAAUCAUUGUUGAGGACAAGACAUUUUCGUGUCACAAAGUUAUUUUGGCAUGCGCAUCAGAAUACUUUAAAAUCCAGUUCGAGAAAGAGCCCGAAUCUGUGGAGUUUCCCCUGAAGGAUGUUCGAUUGGAUGUUUUCGAGAAUUUUCUCGCAUACAUAUACACGUACGAUGCAGACAAGAUGGCUACCUAUAGCUUCCCGAAUUUGGAAAAACUUUUCGAGUUUGGCGACCGAUUCCUGGUACCAUCUAUCGUAGAAGAGUGCUUUCGAAUUUUUGAAAAAAAAUUGCAAACUAUGGCUAUCGGGGAAUUGAUUUCCCUUUUUAAGCUUGGUCAUAAUCUGUUCAAGAAACGAUUAAUUCAAUUGGUUACGGAUGAAAUUCAUAACAAUCCCAAAAAAUUUAACCACGGGGCAAACCUCUUCGAGGUCAUGAAAUUGCCAGAAAGUGUUUUUGAACAAUAUGUUAAAAGUGUGUCUAAAGCUAUGUCGCAAUCAGAGCGUUUCAUGAUGAUUGAAAAUUAUAUAUCAGCCCAUUAUUCACCCGAUAUACGAAUAACUGAAGAAUCUUUAAAUGCCGAAGAUGAAGAAACUGACGUUAAAGUCGAGGAUCGGUCUAUUGAAAAGAAUAAAGAGCCUGAGAUGGAAGUGGACAAAAGUAACAGCUAUCAGCUAUUAAUUAAUCGUCUUUUGGAUACUAUAGACUAUACAAAAAUGACAAAGAAGGAUUUUUAUGAAAUUGUUGGAAAUUCUUGUCUACUAACCUACCGCGAAAAAUUUGAAUGUUCCAAGCAGCUAGGAAUUGAAAAUGAAUCUAAUAAUCAACGUUGUCAAAAUUGUGACGUUGUAACUUCUUCUUCUACCGCUGAUCUUCAUGGGAUUCCCAUCCCAAGAAAGUUACGUAAAAAAAUAUGAAAUUUCUUCCAUACUCCGCCACUGAGAAAGUAUAAAUGAUAUUGUUCAUAUUUUUGGGUUUGAAAAAUAUAAAUAUUCAUAUACAAAUUUA